AUGUUUCCGGUCGCUCUGUUGGCUAUCCUUUUGUGGUCCGUCUUGGCAAAUGAAACAUCUUUUCAUCAACGUGUGGUCGGUAUGUCCGGAAAUUAGCAUUUGUUUCUAUACCAGCAAAUGAAAUAAUUACGUUUUUAUUCUGCCCGACUUUGUGCUGGCCCGCUCGAGCGAAUUUAUUUGACUGUUGAAUAUUAGGACCGUUUGCACCUUCCUUAAUAUCUCCUUAGGGUUUUGCUUGCGUCGUUAGUCUGACUUAGGGUUAAGUUUAUGCUUAAAUACUGUUAUAUGUUCGAACAUAAGAUACCAUGCAUACAGUAUAUCAGAACAAAGCGCAAGUUAAAAAUUUUUUAAACAUUUUUUUGAAACCAAAAUUCUCAGUAUUCGUGUGGUUGCGAAUGUUGAAAACAGAAAUGCUUGGCACAGUCAAGGCUUGGGGAAACGCAGAUACCGAAAAAAAUUAGUUGACUGGCCAAAAUUUAGGAGGUAACACAUAUAUGAUUAUAUGAAUUUAACAGAGGUUGUUUCUUGAAAAAAAGCGGACCAUAUUAGUUAAUGUUAGCGUAGGUCAAAGACAAAUUAAAGAGCUCUUUAAUUAGUCCACGACAUACGCUAACAUUCUGACAUAGACGCAGAGUCCAAAAAUCACGAAGACAGACAGAAAUUAAAGAAGAGUCAAUCGAAAAACAAUGAGGCAUGCGGUAGAAAAAUGAAAAAAACUCACAAAAACGGUAUGGACAUUUAAUGAAUAUCGAAAACUGACAAAUAUUUGCACGUGCAAAAGAGACGAAAGACCACAGGCAGGUGGGUGAAAGAAACGUAAAGUAGACAACAUAAAAUCAAAUUAAAAGGGACAAAAAGCAUAAAAAACGAGCGCAAGAUUUAUACCUAAAAUACGCUCGUAAAUGCAAACAAAAUUGCAAGGAAAUAAUAACGAGAAAAAAUCAAGAAAAAGGUCGGGAUAAUGGUCCAUAAAAUACACGAAAAUGAAGGCUAAAAAAAUAAUAAAAAAAAAAGAGGAAGUGCGCAUUACACUCUGAGAUGUGUGCAAAAAAUAUAAAGUUCUGUAGGCCUUGACAAAAUAGAUAAUUGCUAUGUAGUAAAAUGGAGAUGGCAUUCGGAAUGAUGAUUUGCUGUCUUACAACAGGUUCGACCACAGCAGUGACAGGUGAGCCAGGAUUACCAACUGCGGACACCACAACUGAACCCGGUGAGGGUAAAGGCACGUUAGCCUUUGAAUGAAAUCGCAAGUUCUUACUUGCUUUGAGAUGAAUCAUGCUGAAUUAGGAGUGUCUGAGAUGGAUUGAUGAAGUGAGAUUGAGAAGGUAAAUGGCAGGUGAAUAGGUGGGGAUAUUUUGUGGUAAAUGUGCAUGUAAAAACGCAAUUCUUGGGGCAUGCAAUGCAUGUCUGUAGUGACAGGGGAGAGAUGCGAAAAAUAUGACGUGCACAUCCCAAUAUCGGUAUCUGAGAUGAAGUGUGAUAUUGCCUGCGAUAUAGUCGGGAGAGAUAUAAGUUUUUAGGUGAGACGAGCGGAAGCAUAUAUCUACUCAGAUCUGCUGUUGCGACAGUUCUGACUUCUGUGCAGAAUGACAAUACAUGCAAUGAAGUUCUUAUUACUCUCUGUGAUGUGUGCGGGUGUGUUUGUGUUCUCUAGGUCCUGUCAGAUGAGGAGAUAGAUAUUUGCUUUGUAGUGAAAUGGAGAUAGCAUUCGGAAUGAUGAUUUGCUGUCUUACGACAGGUUCGACCACAGCAGUGACAGGUGAGCCAGGAUUACCAACUGCGGACACCACAACUGAACCCGGUGAGGGUAAACGCACGUUAGCCUUUGAAUGAAUUCGCAAGUUCUCACUUGCUUUGAGAUGAAUCAUGCUGAAUUAGGAGUGUCUGAGAUGGAUUGAUGAACUGAGAUUGAGAAGGUAAUUGGCAGAUGAAUAGGUGGGGAUAUUUUGUGGUAAAUGUGCAUGUAAAAACGCAAUUCUUGGGGCAUGCAAUGCAUGUCUGUAGUGACAGGGGAGAGGUGCGAAAAAUAUGACGUGCAGAUCCCAAUAUCGGUAUCUGAGAUGAAGUGUGAUAUUGCCUGCGAUAUAGUCGGGAGAGAUAUAAGUUUUUAGGUGAGACGAGCGGAAGCAUAUAUCUACUCAGAUCUGCUGUUGCGACAGUUCUGACUUCUGUGCAGAAUGACAAUACAUGCAAUGAAGUUCUUAUUACUCUCUGUGAUGUGUGCGGGUGUGUUUGUGUUCUCUUGGUCCUGUCAGAUGAGGAGAUAGAUAUUUGCUUUGUAGUGAAAUGGAGAUAGCAUUCGGAAUGAUGAUUUGCUGUCUUACGACAGGUUCGACCACAGCAGUGACAGGUGAGCCAGGAUUACCAACUGCGGACACCACAACUGAACCCGGUGAGGGUAAACGCACGCUAGGCUUUAAAUUAUUUGUACAAUUUUUUGAUGCUUAGUUUUGGUUCAUCCUAUCUCUUUCAUUUUUGAUUUGAUUUUUGUAUUUUGGUUUUUUAUAUUAAUUGCGUGAUUGUUUUUUUAUUGCAUGAGACUUUGAAUUUUUUUGAGUGCAUCCUCUUCUUUUUUGUUAAUCCGCUUUUUUUCUCUCAUCGCAGUUUUGGAUUUCGCGAUGUUCCUCUCCCUUCCCUUCUGUUUUUCUUUUGUUAAUAUCUCUUGAUAUUUUUUAUUCCAAUUUCUUUGCUUUUUGUAAAGAGUAUUUUUUGUGAUUUGAUUUUUUUUCCUUUUUAUGUUUUAUUGCCUUUUACUUCUCUCUUAUCGGGUAUUUUGCCUUUUUUGCAUAAUAGUUUUUCUUUCGCUUUUUGUUGUUUUUUUCAUUCGGAAAGCGUUUAUUUGAUUUUGAUAUCUUCUGAAACCAUUUUUAUCUUUAUUGUGUUUGUAAAAGCCAUAUUUUUUGUUUAUCAUUUGACCCCUUUUUAUCGACUGCUAUCAUGUUAGUCUUUUUUAUUCCUUUUCUUGAAGUUUUGUGCAUAAUCUUAAUUUUUGCAUUUUACGAAAAUCCUUUGCCAUCCGCCUCUGAUUGCCUGCGAAGGUAAUUUUUUUCUUUGCUUCAAUUAGUUAGGUUUGAGUGAAAACUUGCCUCAUUACAGCAGUUAUACCCACAUCAUUGGAAAGUGUAUCAGGAUAAUCCCCUGGUGAUGUUUUAACGGGGCUCGCUGUCUAUUUACAUAUUUGUUUUGUUUAAAAUCAGAAAUUAUCCCUUUUUUAAAAUAAAUCCUCCUUGCAGAGACAGAUUAAAAUAAUUUGUGAAAUGCUUAACUUAACAUACACCUGUUCAUUCAUAUUUGAUAAUUUAUUUGCUACUUUUUUAUGUCCAUUUGCAUGAUAUUAACAAUGUACUCUGUAUCGUUGUCAGAUGAAACAUUGACACCAUCAACUGAUGCGCCAACUACGCCUGGUGAGUUCAUACUCACUAAUGCCUUUCAACUUACCCAGGAGGUCUCAUUUGGUUUGCGUAAAUUGCUGUUGUAAAUCGAAUUUUGCAGUUACCCUUCCUGAUGACGCAUUUUUCGUCAUAAUCACCUAUUGAUUUAGUGAGACUGAUAGUCAUCUGGUGGAUUCAAAAUAAAUUUCCUGGGAAAUCCUGCUUGGGAAUUAAAACAGUAUUGAUCUCUUUUGUUUUUACUGUCUUGUCAAAUUACAGGAACGUGUUUUCAAUGUCGGUUUUGUUGUUUCUAUGUACAAGUUCCGAUUUCUUUUGUCGAUUUUAUAAGGCCAAUGUUUCUCGUUGUUGUACCUUUUAAUAUUUUUGUUUUUUUCUUUCCUUUUUACCGCAUGAAUUAUGCGUUGUCAUCUUCAAUAUUUUAUUCCGGAAAGUCCAUCGCCUAGAUAUUUCCUGCCAUUGGUUAUUUUUGUUUCCAGAUUUUUUGUUAUGUCGUCGUUAUUUGUCAAUCCAGUGAUUUGUAUUCUGAUGUCUCUGCUAAAGACUAUGGUGUUUAAUAUUUUAUUCAGAACUUUUCCCAACCGAAAGAGCGUUGCUUCUAUGUUUACUAUUACUCUGAUCCUCUAUCUUAUUAUCGCCUAGUCCAAUCGACAUCCAAUGCUUUUUUAUUUUCUCGUUGUUUCCAGAUUCAAACCAACUGAGUGGUGGAGCAAUCGCUGGCAUCGUUAUAGGCGUUCUGAUUGCCUUGAUUCUCGCCGUCGCAAUCAUCUUAUUCAUCAUCAAAAGGAACACUCCGUAUGCAAAAUAUUUAAAUACGUUUUUUUGGCAAAGCUGGUGGCGUCUUUCGUUAUGUGAUUUUAUUCCAUAUUGGUUUUAUUAUGCUCCGAACCUGCCCUCAUCUUGGAUUAUGGGUGAGCCGAGACCUUUUAAGCAUUUACCGUGACUGCUGGUGACCUCAUCUUACACGACAGUAUAUUUAUUUAGUAAUUCGACUGCUAAAUGUUUAGUAUGGGGUACGCCCUCACCUUUUGUAUAUAUUUCGAUUUCGAAUAUGUUUUUUAACCAUCCCAGCUACUUAGGCUUACUAUAAGCUUGUGCCCACGGUCAAUGACUUAGUUAAUAAAGCUAAUCUACCAGAUGAACUAUUUGUAUUUUGAAGCGGGUUGGCUGUCUGCACGCGGAUUUAUGAUAUCAGACAUCAUUUUUUGUUGCUGUGGUCUGUUUGAGUGGUACUUACUUCGGCUACAUAAAGGUUUUGGAGAUCAAAAACACGUUUUUAGACAUAUGGCUCCUCAUCAUUGCUGUAUUUGUUUACUUACCAGCCUGUGUUCACCUCUAACCUUAUUUAUACCAUACACACUUUCAUAAAGCACAACAUUGCCUUUAUUGUAGAUUCCUCAAAUUUAAACACGCGGAUGUAAGUUUGUCCCAGCAUGUAUUUGAAUAGUUAUGAUUUCGAGAUUUCCUAAUUAGAAAUCCACAAAUAAUGGUUUUUUUACUCUUUCUUUAGAAAACGGACUGCUCGUUGUGA